AUGGGCUUCAGCUCCAAGGCCAUGGCAGUCUCCUCCGCCCCCCUUAGCGUCUCCCGAAUCCUCUGGGAGUCCCUCCACCUCCCCAUCAAGUCUGGUCAACUCCUCUUUCCCCUCAUCCUCUUCUCCCUCCUCUCCUCUUCCCUCUUCUUUUACUGCUUCUACUCCAUCGCCCCAAUCCCCCUCGAUUUAGUCUCCAAGAUCUCAAUCCUCAUCAAGGAAACAAAGCACCGCCCUCCCAACCUCCUCCUUGACAUUGAGAGGGACCUCAAAGACUUCGCUGGCCUGGCAUCUGUGAUCACUCUCUUCUUCUUCUUCUGCUACUUGUUCCUUGCGCUGGCCACCCUGUACACCUUUGCCAUGGCUCACAUCGACAUUGACUUGACGCCUAAUGACCUCCUCCUCCGGAUCUCUCGCCGCUGGUACCAAACUAUGAUCACAAGGUUCUAUAUAGUCCUCCUCACCAUCGGCAUCGGGAUCCUGUCUUCGCUCGGUGUUGCCACCGUCUUGUUGGAGGCCGAUGUCUCAAGACCUGUCUUCAGAUUUGGCGUGAGCUUGGCGAUCCUCUCAUUUAUUCUGUAUCUUUAUCUGUCGACCCGAUGGUCGAUGAGUCUGGCGAUCACCGCCGUGGAGGAGACGUGGGGGAUCGGCGCGCUGUCCUGGUCCGUGGAGCUCUACAUAGGCAACAAGAAGCGAGGGAUGGUUCUCACCCUCAUGCUGUUGGUCGUCAAGGUGGCGAUCUACGGCGCAUUUGCUGCGGUCAUCAUGGCUUCAUGGCCGCCUCGGUCGAAGGAGACGCCAAUGGGGAUCGGAUGCAUCAUCGCGGCCGUGAACGGGCUGUGGGACCUGUACUCCAUGGCCGUGUACACCGUGUUCUACUACGAGUGCAGGAAGAGCCAUGGAUUGGACUGCGCUGGCUUCUCUGUUGCUCCUGUGAGAGUCAACGCACUGCAAUGA